GAACUUUUUACUAGAGCUGUCUUUGCCUGUUUGCCUGCUGUAAUUGUGCCUGUUCUUCAAAAUGCCAAAACCUGUAGUGGGAUACUGGGAAGUCCGUGGUCUUGCAGAGCCCAUAAGAUACCUUCUUCACUACAAAAAUGUUGAUUUUGAAGACAAAAGGUAUCAAUUAUCUGACCGUGAACCAUGGGAAAAAGAUAAGUUCACUCUAAACUUGGAUUUCCCGAAUUUACCCUACUACAUCGACGACGAUGUCAAGCUGACUCAAAGCGUCACCAUCAUGAGAUAUCUGGCAGAAAAAUAUGGACUUGAUGGCAAGACAAAAGCAGAGAAACUCCGUGUGUCUUUAGCCGAGCAACAGGUAAUCGAUUUCCGUACCAGUAUUACCCGACUCUUCUACGACCCAAAUUUCGAAAAACUUAAGCCAGAAUUUGUGAAGAAAGUACCAGCACAACUGAAACUAGUUGCUGACUUUCUUGGAAACAGAAAGUUCCUAGCAGGGGACAAUGUUACCUACGUUGAUUUCAUGGCUUAUGAUGCCCUCGACUACUAUUUGUACCUCGUUCCUAACGGUUUUGCCGACUACCCAGCUUUGAAAGAGUAUCACCUGAGGAUCCGAAACUUACCAGAGCUCCAGGCAUAUUUGAAAUCACCACAGUACGUACGAUGGCCCGUUGUCUCUUUUCAUGCACAGUUCGGAGGCAAAGGUCCAGAACCAAAACAAGAAUGACUUUAAAUCCUUUAAUCAUACAUCUAGUUAAGAAAUCUGUUUAUGAUAUUUUUCAUAAUUUUUAACAGUUAAAAGUUGUCCAAAUUUUGCUUAUUAUUUUAAAAUUAUAAUUUAAAUAGUCAAUUUUUUAGUGCAAAUGUAACAAAAUUUCAAGUGCUUGAUCAUUGAAUAUUUAUAAGCAUAAUAAAAUUUUUAUAAGCAUUUAAACAAAAAUUGUGAAGCCUUUUAUUAUUGUGAAAUUAAAAUAUCUUAUUUUUGUAGUAUUAAUUUAUUUGAAGUAAAUGCAAAUAUUUUAUUUUAUAUAUAUUUGUUAUUUAAUAUCGAAACAUCUAUGUGGAGGAAAUAUUUUUACCUGAUGUCAAUAAACUUAUAUUUGAAGUUA